AUGGCAAUGACAACAAUAGUAACAACAAUCGCUAUAAUUAGCCCUGGCGACAUGGGUCAUGCGAUAGGUAGAGUUAUCCUUUCAAAUAAUCCACAAACCAAACGUGUUAUUACUAACUUGAAUGGACGUAGCGAACGUACUAAAGCAUUGUCAUAUUCAGCGGGUAUUAUCGAUACAGGAUCCGACGAAGAGCUCCUUCGCCAAGCUGAUAUAAUUCUUUCGAUUGUCUCUCCUUCCGAAGCUGCAGCUGUUGCUCAUCGUUUUUCACGGCAUAUGUCAUUAAAUCGGGGCAGUACUAUUUAUGUUGAUAUGAACGCAAUCGCUCCACAAACAACUUGUUCUAUUGCUUCAAACUUUUCUGAAGACUGCUUUGUCGAUGGAUCCAUCGUUGGUUUACCACCGCGAGCCAACGAAUAUAGCCCUACAAUAUAUCUCUCUGGCAAACAUGCACAAAAAGUUGCACUCGCAAUAGGAGAUACAUCUAUGCUUGAUAUUCGUGUCCUAGGAGAUGAGAUCGGUCAAGCAAGUGGUCUCAAAAUGUGUUAUGGCACAAUGACUAAAGGGAUAACCGCCAUCGCGCUUCAUGCAUGUGUUGCCGCACGUUCGCUCAAACUCGAUGGCGCAUUUUUAGAUGAGCUCAAAAGAAGUAUGCCGCAUGGAUUUGAAAUGGCCAAUCGGCUUAUUCCAGAUAUGGCUCCUAAAGCAUCACGGUGGGUAGCUGAAAUGGAAGAAAUUGCAAAAACCAAUGAAGAAAUAGGUUUAACUGCCGAACUUUUCCAAGCAGUAGCGAAUACAUAUAGAUUUGUUGCUGAAAAAACCCCAUUAGGAAAUGAAAUCAUCGAGGAUAGAAAACGAGGUACAACGCUUUCCGAUGCUUUGGAUAUUAUGGCUGAAUGUCUCGAUCAAAAGAAGCAAAAAUUGAACGACUGA